CAUGUGAUUUUUACUAUCGCAUGGAUUCCCUUGUCUGUUUGCAUCUCGUCUCUAUUCCAGUGCCCUGCGCUGUGAUAACAUAUGCCUUUUAAAUUUAGAUUGAAUUAUGGCCACCGAUCCCGCGCAACAAGACCUGGACGCAUUUUUGACCAGCAUCGAGUCUAAACUACGGGUCCCGUUUUCUAGUCUCGACCUCGUCAAAGCAGUGACAACUUCGGCUUUGCGCGGAUCUCAAUCAGCUCCGGAGUACCUGGAGAAAAUUGCACAAGUGCUACCGAGAACCGACAAAGUGAUACGCAAUCGGAUCUUGAUCGGCUUGCUGGGGCUAGAUGCGAAUGAAGACACCGAUGUUCAAGUGGAAAAAAUUUUGGUUGCAACCCAAGAAGCUCCGUUGCAUGAGGAGUGGGUGCGUGUGAUUUCUGGUCUCGUACAAGGGUUGAUGUUUCAAGAAAAAAAUGGAGUCUCCCUUAGGGGACAAGAGGCAAGUACCCUGUUAGAGAGGACAUGCAAUCAGAUACUACGAAAGGUCCGGAAAGUGGAAGAACAAACAAGUUGUGCUUCAGCAUGCGCAGCUGCUACAGCAGAUGCAGAUCCCACUUUUGCACCAUUUCGCUACGCAUUGAUCGGUCCGAACCUCUUGCGACGAAGUAUUCCAGAAAUGUUUCAUCAAUCCUCUUUCGCGGUCGACCGUGAAGCCAAAGUUUUGCUAGUGGAUGCACGACUGGAACUUGCCAAAGCUCAGGAAGAGCAGGAGCAUGCCAAACAAACCGGCGUCGCCAGUAAACGAGCAGCGUCAACUUCCUCCGAUUCAAAUGGCAGUAAUGCUAAAGAGCGCGUUAUGCCUAUCAUGCCGGGUAUUCGGUCCACCAAGGCAUCCUCUAUCAGUGCCGCCAGAUCGUCAACUGGGCAUCAAACAAAAGCAUCCAUGUUUAUGCCAUCGAAAAAACCUAGUAUCGUUCGACCCGGAGUCGUUAGCAAAGUUGCUUUGCAUGUGCGAAAAAAAGGUGCUUCGCAGGCUUUGGUAGGUAAGAGUAAGUUGAUUCGGGAUCGGGUAGAAACAAAUGGAGCUGCGAGGACUGCUGGUGUGGUUCCUAUAGCACAUCCAGGACGGGCCGGCAAAUCGGGCAAUAGCCGUUCUCGCAUGCAAAUGAUUGACAUUGCGGAGGUACAAGGGAUGGAAGAGGAAAGGAAGGUGCGGGGUGAGACAGCGGCUACUCCUAAUAAAGAAGGCGGCUUAAAAAAGUCAGGUAUCAAGCGAAAGGCUGAGUCGGCCGAGCAAUCUGAGAAAUUAGUCAAAGCCAAGCUCGGUCCACAAAGUGGGGUAGAUAUGCAACCUUCUGUGCUAAUCAAAGAUGAGCCGAAGACCGUCGGAGAUGUAUAUACCAAAACUCCUCACGCGAUGGUUGAUGCCUUGGCGGCCGGUGCACUCGCCGCUUACCAGGCACGACUAGCAAGUGCUUUACCCCAGACAGCGGCUCCAGUCGCACUGCCUGCUGCUAUUUUGCACGCUCCAAAACAACAAGAUUGGCAUCAGCUGUUAAAAGAAAAAUCCAACAAACUAUCGAGCAACGAUCGGUUCCGAGUGCAACAAUUUUUUCAAGAUCGAUUUAAUCCCACACCAGGACAGACUACAUACAAGAUGAAGCUACACGAAGAGCGAACCGCAGAUGCCAAAUCAGGGGAUCCAGUCAAGGAGACCUACUAUUUGGAGCUCGAUUACACAAAUUUUACUUCCAAGCAAUCUAAAAAAGUUAAAAGAUACAAGGACGGGGUAACGUGACAAUAAGUUUUGUUGCGUGGUAGUCCUCGUUGUUAGAACAACAAUUCUCACGUCUAGAAUUGUUAAGCAAGGAGGUGAGGUGCGGACACUUCCUUAAAUAAACAAUUACUUAAAGUGAAUCCUUCUUGUUCGUUAGA